CAAGAACAAAUACAAGCAACUUAAUAUUAAAAGUAUAAAAUUUUCUACUAUGUCUAACACAUUUGAAGAUUUCAGAAGUAAUUUUGCCGAAACCGAAUGGCAAUUUUGGUGUAGACUCUGUGCUAAAGACGAUGUACGAAAUAUCAAUAUAUAUGCAGAGCAAAAACAAACUCCAGUUGACACAAACGAACUUGUAGAUUUCAUAGCGGAGUUUUUUAAAAUUCAUAUACGGCAAAAUGAAAAUUUACCACAUUGGCUUUGUGCACAAUGCUUUUCAUCGGUUUCGACCUUGUCGAAAUUCACAAAUCAAGUGAACAGAGUACAGAGUAUGUACCACGAAAUUCAAAAUUCUGGUCACAGAAAAGCUGAAGAUUUUCGGGUUAUCCGAGAAAAAUAUAAACUACUUGGGUAUGAGUUAUAUUUGUUGAACAUAUCGGAUACCAAACCAUCUAUUGAAAAUAUUUUUGUUGCUGAUGCACCCGAAAUAAUUGAACAUAAAUCAUUGGAUAGUAUUAUAAAAAGUGAAGUAAUAACGGACGAGUUACAGAGUGGUAUAUUUCUUAAAGACAUCGAAUUUAAUAGUGAAUUCCAGGAUCCCAUUGGUGAUGCAGUUGAAAAUCUUUCUAAUGAAGUAGGUAGUAGUGAACGCCUAAGUAAAUAUAAUAGUGAAUUCCAAGAUCCCAUUGGCGCAGUUGAGAAUCAUACUAACAAAGUAGAUAGUACUGAAUUUCCAAGUAAUAGCAUAAAAGACAAUAACUCAGAAGUUACUAGCAAAGUAUAUAGCAAAAUCCAUCGUCUGAAAAAGCGUAAAAGUUCUUCGGAUGAGGAAUCGAAUGUAAACAAACACUUUUGUAACGAUUGCACACUCCAUUUCAAAAAAAGUAGCAAUUAUCUUAUACAUAUGAGGAAAAAACAUGGUGUUGAAACACUACCUAGCAUCAUUUCUUGUCCACAAUGUUCCAGAACUUUCAAAUCUAAAUUCAAUUUAAAACGACACCUUAAGAUACAUCGACCUGUAGCAGAGAAGAAAAUAUAUCCAUGUCCACAAUGUGACCGAAAAUUCCAAACGAAAGAUUAUGUAUUUCGUCAUAUUAAGUUUGUGCAUGAAGAAAUUCGCCCGUUCAUUUGCGAAGAAUGUGGUGAAGGUACGCACACCGAAACUACACUGCGGGAGCACAUGCUUAAACAUACGGACUAUGCCCCUUUUGAAUGUGAGAUUUGUAAGAAAGGAUUUAAAACUCAAGCACGUUUGAAGAAUCAUAUGGAAAUGCACAGUGAACAUAAACAUAUAUGCAGCGAAUGUGGUUUAGAAUUGAACUCGCGUAUAACCUUGAAUCGUCAUAUGCUUGUUCAUUCUGAUGAAAUGCGUCAUAAAUGCGAUUAUUGUGGGCGUGAAUUCAAACGAGCGAAAACUUUAAAAACUCACUUAAUACUUCAUAGUGGCUUAAAACCAUAUUCAUGUGGCUUUUGUGACAAAACAUUUGCCAGUGGUUCCAAUUGUCGUACUCACAAAAGAAAGUCUCAUCCUGAAGAACUGGCGGCCUUAGAGGCUUCCGGAGAAAAGAAAUUCACCAAAAAUAUCCCUAAAUUAGCGGUUUUAAAGACAGUUACACGCACAGCUGAGAAUCUACUUCCUGUAGUAUCCAAACAAAGUGGGAAUUUUUCUUUCGGCAAGAAACCGAAACCCCCAUCUAGUUGUAAAGAUGAAACAAAACAAUGUAUAGAAAAUAAAACAUAAUGUGUGUUGUAACGUAACUAUGGUAUUUUGCUAAGGGGUUAUAUACAGUUAGAAGAACGAAAAGAGCUUA